AUUUUGAAUCUAUUGGUGGGGUUGAACUAUAUUUUUUUCGACGGACGACGACUCAGAGCAUAAUCACAGCAUCAUGAGCGCCUUUCAAAAUGGAGGCAUCGCAUCGCGAGCCUUGGACGAUGACUCCGAUAUUGAGGAGGAGGCUCUUGCAAACGACUACAAGGAGCAGGUUCAAUAUGAGGGAAUGGAAGAGUUGGAACAAGUCAAUUCGAUGAGCAUGGCACAACAGACGGAUGAUAUUCAGUCGAGGCUUGCUGCUGCUGCACAACCUUUGGACUUUUCCGCUCCUCUGGAAGUCAAGUUUGCAAGCUACGAUAAUUAUUGUAGUUUGUUUCACUUUAUUUUGAACUCCGACGGGCCAGUUGACCUCGAACCUCCAUCUGUAAGCUCUUUGUUCCUUCAUUGACGGUAUCAUAUGCUAAUUACUUACAGUACUACUGGGCUUGGGACGUUAUCGACGAGUUUAUUUACCAAUUCAACUCUUUCUGUUCAUACAGAAACCGCGUCGCGCGUCAAGGAACAAAUGAGGAGGAAAUUCAAAUCCUUCGUGAAGCGCCAAACACAUGGGGAUGCUACAGCGUUCUCAACGUCUUAUACUCUCUCAUCCAGAGAUCGCAGAUCAACGAGCAGCUAGCUGCCAUGAAACGCAACGAAGAGCCCAUGGCAGUCGCUGGUGAUUACGGUUCAAAGUCCUUGUAUAGAAUGCUCGGAUACUUCUCCAUCAUUGGAUUGUUGCGAGUUCAUUGUCUUCUCGGGGAUUUUAGUCUUGCUUUGAAAACCCUUGACGAUAUCGAGCUUAACAAGAAGGCUAUGUUUGCACGCGUUAUGGCCGCCCAUUUCACUACCUAUUACUAUGUGGGAUUCUCAUACAUGAUGAUGCGGAGAUACGCAGAUGCCAUCCGCAUGUUCAGCCACAUCUUGAUCUACGUUUCAAGAACCAAGAAUUUCCAAAAGAACGCACAGUAUGACUCAAUCUCAAAGAAGAACGAUCAAAUGUACGCUCUCAUCGCCAUCUGUGUCGCUUUCCACCCAACUCGUCUCGAUGACACCAUACACACUGCUCUCCGCGAGAAGUAUGGUGAUCAACUCCUAAAGCUUCAACGCGGUGGACCAGAAUCUCUUCCAAUCUUUGAAGAGCUAUUCCGCUCCGCUUGCCCUAAAUUCAUUUCUCCUACUCCUCCCGACUUCGACAACCCGGAGCUGAACGUUGACCCUCUCGAGCACCAUUUAUCUAUCUUCAUGGAUGAGGUUAAGACAAAUAUGUGGAGCCCAACUGUGAAGUCUUAUCUCCGAUUAUACACCACUAUGGAUUUAAAGAAGUUGGCCGGAUUCUUAGAGGUUGAACCAGAGAAGUUGAGGGGAUGGUUAUUGGUCAACAAGCAACGCAGCAGACAAAUCAGAUGGACCGAUAAUGGAUUGUUGGACGGAGAGGUAGUCAAUUCUAAUGAUCUUGAUUAUGCUAUGCAAGGGGUAAGUAAAAGCUGUGAAUUGAUGUGUAAUUUUGCUAACCAUUUGUUCAGGAUCUUAUUCAUAUUUCUGAAGCGAAGGUCGGCCGCAAGUUGGUUGAUUGGUAUCUCAGAAACCUUGCUCGCACAUACUAAAACACCUUUCACGCUUUUCUCUUGACAAUAUUGCUUUCAACUCUAUGGCAUUGGUAUGGCGUACUGGGUUGGGGGGGUGGAAAAGACAAAUCUACGAAAUGGUCUGUCAAAAAUGGUAUGAAGGCGAGGAGCCUCACGAGUAGAAUAAAAUAA